UACGGUUAGUCAGUUGAACACUCUUCAUUGAGAAGGUAGUAAACGGUGGUAAUCGACGACGGCGAAACUGUCUUGCAUUCAUCAUCCGUUGGUUAUUUGAACGGAGUCAGGGCACACAUAGCGGCAAUUGAAAGUACUUAACUUACCCAGCAAGCAAGCAGGAACGUCAAACGCAGCAGCAAAAUGAAUCAGCCUGUCAGUUGUUUACCAGUGACGGCCAAAAUGUCCAAGGCGAAAAAGGUGCUCGACGAUGCCCGUGAAAUCCAGAAUCGGGAGAUAGAUCUGGUGGAUAAGGGAAUCUCGACCUUCGAGGAACUGCCCGGAUUGCUAAAUAUGGUGUUUGUAACAAGAAUCACUCUGAGCCACAAUAAACUAAAAACCGUUCCACCUGGUAUCGCUAAUCUGAUCAACUUGGAAAUUCUCAAUCUGUCGAAUAACUUCCUGGAGGAACUGCCCCUGUCGCUGUCGUCAAUGCCGAAACUGCGAAUUUUGAACUGUUCCAUCAAUCGUCUGAACACAUUGCCCCGUGGAUUCGGCGCAUUUCCGGUAUUGGAAGUGCUAGAUUUGUCCUACAAUAAUUUGAAUGAAAAAGUACUGCCCGGUAACUUCUUUAUGAUGGAUUCACUUCGUGCUUUGUAUCUGGGUGAUAACGAUUUCGAGACUCUGCCACCUGAAAUUAAGAAUCUGAAGAACUUACAAAUCCUUGGUCUUCGUGAUAACGAUCUGCUGGAGCUGCCGCGAGAAAUUGGAGAACUUACACGCAUCCGCGAGCUUCACAUUCAGAACAACCGGCUUACGGUGCUGCCACCGGAGAUCUCCAAUUUGGAUCUCCAGUCUCAGAAGUCCGUUGUCAAGAUGGAGGAAAACCCGUGGGUAACUGCGAUUGCCGAACAGUACCUGGUCGGCAUUAGCCACGUGCUGGAGUACAUUAAAACCGAAGCGUACAGAAUCUUGUACAAUCGAUAUGUUUCGGCUGGAAAGUCGGGUAAUGUACCACCGAAGGUAGACAAGAGCAAGAAAGCUUCCAGAGCUCGCUCGUAAGAUUUAAAAAAUGUGCCUAAUCGCUGAAAAUGCAAACGUAGUCUUCCCUCGUAUUUAUUUGUUGCAAUCGACAAACAUUUUAUGUGCACUAUAAUCAAGCCAAAACCGAAAGUGAAUUAACAUGAGAAUCCAAGACGAAAGUCAAUCAGAGUUUUAACAAACGAAAUUUUAUUUUAAUGUUUGUACUAAUAAAACGUAAGAAAAUAAACAACCUACUUAACAA